GUGGUGGGAGGCGGGGCUGGCUGUCAUGGUUUUUCAGCACCGCGGACAGCUCCCGUCUCCUGUCUCUGGACUGCAGGGAAGCAACGCUGAAACACAGCUGGCUGAUAGAGGAAAUAACCCGACACAUCCAUCCAUAGAUUAAUCUCCAGUUAUCACUGCCAUUGCACAGCAUCUUCUCCUCAUUCCCUCUUCUUCACCUCGAUGGACGAGUUGUCUCGUUUUCCGGCCUGACUGUGGAGUCCAACCGCGUAUAACUGCAUUGCCUCUGCGUCUCCAGCCUGUUUCCCCCUCCGUCUCUUCCUCUUCCUGGCAAGCCACCGCGCUUUGAAAGUCCUGUCUUUUUGGGGAGGGGGGGAGCGGAUCGACCUGAAGUUCUUUUGAUGUGUCCACGUGUGUCUGAUAUGUCUCCCUGAUUAUGUUGAGGUGUGGGAUUUCUCUCCAAAGCCCGGAAGCGGACGUUACUUUAGGAUGCAGAAGGAAGAUGAAGUUUUCAGUUCAGUCGGUGCAGAUAUGAGAUAGGCGACCUGCAUCUGCAACAUUGGCUCUAAUCCCCACAUCAGACGCAUUCAUUUUUUUUUCUUUUUGUGGACAUCAGCCAGCGAGCAAGAUGAGGUUCAUCUAUGACUUUUUAAAUUGCACGUAAGGGAGAGAAACAGAUCUUUUACCCUGCUACCGCUGCAGGAAGCGACGUUUUCUUUCUCCAGCUGCCCAAACGAGUUUGUAUCUUACGUCUGAGAGGAGACCUGGAACUCAGGGAAAACAAAGGAAGCAGAGCGGUCCUCUUUCUAUCUUAUUUACAAAAACACGAUUUUUAAAAAAUGAAGAAGUUCAGGAAGGUGUUGGACGGCUUGACCACCUCCUCUCCGGGAGGGACUAUCGGAUCCCCAUCGUGCGGCAGCGCGGCCGGGACUCCCACAGCGACGCCAACUCCCAAGGAAAUCGACAUCCAGGAGACGUUAGUGUCAGAAAACUUUCAGCUGUGUAAGACGGUGCGUCAUGGUUUCCCUUACCAGCCCACUGCUUUGGCCUUUGACCCUGUGCAGAAGAUCUUGGCGAUUGGCUCCAGGACAGGAGGUGUACGGAUACUGGGACGACCCGGGGUGGACUGCUACUGUCAGCAUGAGAGCGGGGCAGCUGUUCUUCAACUGCAGUUCCUCAUCAAUGAGGGGGCGCUGGUCACAGCCUGUGCAGAUGACACGCUUCACUUGUGGAAUCUCCGUCAGAGGCGACCAGCUGUCCUCCAUUCACUCAAAUUCAACAGAGAGAGGAUCACGUUCUGCCACCUUCCUUUUCAGAGUAAAUGGCUGUAUGUGGGGACAGAGCGUGGAAACACACACAUCGUCAACAUCGAGUCCUUCAUUUUGUCUGGAUAUGUCAUCAUGUGGAACAAGGCCAUAGAACUAUCAACUAAAACUCAUCCAGGACCAGUGGUUCAUUUGAGUGACAGCCCAAAGGAUGAAGGCAAGCUGCUUAUAGGGUUUGAGAGCGGGACAGUGGUACAGUGGGACCUCCGGCUCAAGAAGGCUGACUUCAGAAUCUACUAUGAUGAGGCUAUUCAUUCAGUCGGCUGGCACCAUGAAGGGAAGCAGUUCAUGUGCAGUCACUCAGACGGCAGUCUGACUAUGUGGAACCUCAGAAACACCACCAAGCCAUUCCAGGUCACUUUCCCUCAUGGUGAGACGCUCACCCACGGAAAGAUACAGAAGGAUGGAAGAAAGGAGUCAUGUAAACCCAUACUCAAAGUGGAGUACAAGACCUCAAGGAACAGCGAGCCUUUUGUUAUCUUCUCUGGGGGUCUUUCAUAUGACAAGGCAGGGCGACGGCCAACGUUAACCAUCAUGCACGGAAAGGCCAUCACUGUGCUGGAGAUGGACUAUCCUAUUGUAGAGUUCAUGGCUCUCUGCGAGACUCCUUACAACAACGAGGUCCAGGAGCCUUACGCAGUGGUGGUGCUUCUGGAGAAGGACUUAAUCGUGGUGGAUCUGACACAGAGCAACUACCCUGUGUUUGAGAAUCCUUACCCCAUGGACGUACAUGAGUCUCCAGUUACCUGCACAGCCUAUUUUGCAGAAUGCCCGCCGGACAUUAUCCCCAUCCUUUACUCGAUAGGAGCUAAACACAAAAAGACGGGCUACAGCCAAAAGGAGUGGCCCAUCGCUGGUGGAACGUGGACGUUAGGCUCACACACCUACCCAGAAAUCAUCAUCACAGGACACGCUGACGGAUCCAUUAAGUUUUGGGACGCAUCUGCAAUCACACUACAGAUGUUGUACAAGCUGAAGACCUCCAAAGUGUUUGAAAAGCCAAAGCCAGGCGAGGGCCGGGCGGCUGAGUUAGUGGAGGAGGACCCCUUCGCUGUUCAAAUGGUCAGCUGGUGCCCCCAAAGCCGCAUCUUCUGCGUGGUUGGCAUCUCAGCCCACAUCAUCCUGUAUCGCUUCAGCAAAUAUGAUGCCAACACUCAAAUAGUGUCACUAGAGGUGCGUCUACAGUGUGAGACGGAGGAUGUCAUCUCUCCAUCCGAGAAUGAAAACAAUCCGUGCUUCUCAGAGUCCAGUCCCCACUCACCCCAACCCCACCACCAACAACAACAACAACACCCCCCUAGCCCCGGCAGUGGGACACCUGAGGGAAACAAAGACAGCAUCCCCCACCUUAAGGUGAAGGACCGGAUGGUUCGGGUCCCUCCUGGCUACCAGGCAGAGUUAGCCAUCCAGCUGCUGUGGAUAGAUGGAGAACCUCCACAACAGAUCACCAGCCUGGACAUCAACUCUGCAUAUGGCCUUUUGGCGUUCGGAAACUGUAAUGGCCUAGCGGUGGUGGACUACUUGCAGAAAACCAUCCUGUUGUGUAUGUCGACACUGGAUCUGUAUGGAGCUGCAGACCCAUACCAGCGCCUUACUCGCUCCCCCCGCAGGAACAGACAGUCCACCUCAGAGUUUUGCAUGCGUGGCCUGUCUAACUUUUAUUCAGAUUCAAAGAAAAGGAUUCGUACAUCCUAUCAGAGCCUUACUGAACUUUCUGACAACCAGCAGUCCAUUGACAUGGAGAGAAGCAAGUCGCCCACCUCAGUUCAUUACCCAACCUCCCUUCACAAUGAUCCACGCAUCCUGCCAGAGCCUGUGGCCAGUCUGAGAGCCAGUCACUGCAGUCCAGUCUUUUACUUGCUGGACAAUGUAAAGGGACCCGGCAGAAAGUUAAGUCUGCCAACAGAUCUUAAGACUGAUCUUGAUCAUGUCAAUGGACAUUGCACUAGCCCCACCUCCCAGCCCUGCCCGGCAGGGAAGCCUCGCAUCCCGAUGGGUCCUGAGGGGCCACGGCUUACCCGCAGAGGCCCUGGCCGACCGCCCUUCCGCAAGGCCCAGUCCGCUGCUUGCAUGGAGAUCUCUUUGCCUGUGUCCCACACUGAAGUAGGUUAUGCAUCCAGGAGGGCAAUGCUUCAGCAGUUACACGGAGUCACUAUGUACUCCCACGACGAGCACCACACCAGCGCCCCCUACUGCUGGAGUGAGAGAGAGAGUCGUGAAAACUCCUUCAGCCGUUCGCGCAGUUCCAGCGUGUCCAGCAUCGACCGGGACACAAAGGAAGCUAUCACCACGCUGCAGUUCGGAGAGUCCUACGGGCGCAAGAGUGACGCCCUGCCCACCCCGUGUCUGUGGGUGGGCACCAGCUUAGGCGUGGUCCUGCUCAUUCCAAUGUCCAUUCCCACAGACCACGAGGAGAGGAUGGAGGAACCGGUGACCAUCGGCCCCAGCGGCACAGUGCUGAUGCUCAAGGGCUCAGUUUUGCGCUUUGGCUUCUUGGACUGCAUGGGAGCGAUCAUUCAGAGCCCCUUCGAGGUUUGGCGGGACCUCAACGCCCCCCAGGACCCCGACCGACCGCGGAGGCGCAAGCUGGUCCACUUUUCCCCCUCAUCUUCACAGGACUCCUGCGGAGAGGGACAUCUGGCUGUGGUGUGCUCUGAGAGGCAGGCCAAAGUAUUCUUGAUGCCCUCGCAAUCUUGCCUCUUCGUCCAUAACAUCACAGAGUCAUCCUUCGUGCUGCGAGCCGACGUGGUAUCCGUGUGCAACAGUGUGUGCCUGGCCUGCUUCUGUGCUAACGGACAUGUCAUGACACUCAGUUUGCCCAGUCUAAGACCGCUGAUGGAUGUCAAUUACCUGCCUCUGACAGACAUGCGCAUUGCAAGAACCUUUUGCUUCACCAACGGGGGGCAAGCAUUAUAUCUCAGCUCCCCGACAGAGAUCCAGAGAAUUACAUACAGCCAGGAGAUGUGUGACAACCUACAGGAGAUGCUCGGGGAGCUGUUUACACCGAUAGAAACACCAGAGGCCCAGAACAGAGGCUUCCUAAAGGGCUUCUUUGGAGGAAAUUCUCAUAACUUUGACAGAGAGGAGCUUUUUGGUGAGGCGGCAGCUGGGAAGGCUUCUCGGAGUCUGGCCCAGCACAUCCCUGGGCAGGUGGGCAUGGAGGGCAUGAAGGUGGCAGCUAGCGGAGCCGUGGGUGAGCUGGCACGGGCCCGCAUUGCUCUGGAUGAGAGAGGCCAAAGGCUGGGUGAGCUGGAGGAGCGAACCGCUCUCAUGAUGACCAGUGCAGAAAGCUUCUCAAAACACGCUCAUGAGCUGAUGCUAAAGUGCAAGGACAAGAAGUGGUACCAGUUCUAAUUGCAGGAAAGAGGGCUGAGGCUGCCCUUGGACUGCUGGGAGCUUUAUGCCGGGACAGGGACUUUCACUCUACAAAUGAGAGCAAUUAAAAGAGAGACUCAAGAGUGACUUUGUCUUUACGGCUUCUAGAUUGGCUGCGGAACUGUCACAUUGUUGAAGGACGAGGACGUGUUAGCUCCUUGUCUAGACAUGUAGUGAUGAGGGCAGAAAGAGAAUGGAGAUGGGCGGCAAGUGAAGGAGUGAAGAUGGAACUGGAAAUAUCCGACAAGUCUGUGUGUGACUGUGAGUGUGUGUGUGUGUGUGUGUGUGUGUGUGUGUGUGUGUGUGUGUAUGUGUGUGUGUUUGUCUGGGUGAGUGUGUGUGUGGUUGGGUUUUCUGGACCUCACUGUGUAGAUACUCAAAAGUUAGGAAACCAACAAGAAAUGCAUGAAACAAAAAUGGAUGACUAAUAAAAAUAUUCAACUGCCAUAUUAAAAAGCAGCAUGCUACUUUAACAGGAGAUACAAAAAUAAAAAAAAGUUUUAUUUAAUGAUGUAAGCCAACAACAGAAACUAUGAAAAACUUUAUAUUUUUUGAAAUAUUGACAAAAAAACUAUAUAUAAAAAGGGAAAUGUAUACCUGCAUUGCUAUUAAGCCAAAACUUGUGUUCCUUUCCCUUUUUUUAAUUUAAAUUUUUGGUUCAUUUGAAUUUUUUUUUUUUUUAUUAGACUCAGCAAAUAUUAAAUGCCACAAUAUAGAUGCACAUAGUUAACUUUCUGUACACACACUUAGAAUAAUGCUCAAACUAUGUUCUUACCAAUUACUCUGGGCUGCACAGUGCAAACACAAAUCAGUAGUAUUUACACGCACCUCUGCACAGUCUAAUCACACUAAUUUCACUUUUUUCGGCUGCUGCUACUUACAAAAGCAUUAAUGAUGAUGAGGAAUAUCUCACUCCCCAAAAACAGUUGUAUUAAAACAGAUAACAGAUCGGUGUGAGACGUAUUCAAAGGCUGACGGACUUGAAAGCGUAUUCUGGACAAGGUGUGUUUAUAGCUAGAGUAUGAACCUAUAUACUAUUCACGUGCCAUAAAAAACAAGAUGAGUGAGUCCACUCACUGUAAACUAACUAACAAAGAGCUAAUAUGUGGUAGUCAUCAUAUGUUUCCAGAACAGAUAAGAAAUAAUAUGUGGAUUUGGCCAUAGAGGGCAUUUAUCAAACUCAAAUACAUCUGUUUUCUUUUUCUUUUGGAAAAAAAAUAUGAGGGUGUUUUUUUGUUGUUAUUUUUUGGGGUGUUGCUGGUUCACCAUUUCAGUCUUUAGCUGCCUUUGUCAGAUGUAUGAGUUUAGUGAACCAUAAGGCUGUGCGUGUGCAUGAGAGUGAGAGAGUAAGAGUGCCACAAAUAUUAAACAACUGGGCUCUUUCUCUGCCAAAGCAAUCAAACAUGAAUGACACCCUCCCAUCUCUCUCCACCUCCAUCCUUUUAGAAGCUGUGGUGUGUGCGUGUUCAGGGUUUAACCUGAGCGGUCCUCUUUUCAUGAUCACAAACAAUAAUUUUAAUGAUUGUCAAGUGUCUUUGUGACGGGAGUACGAAGAGGAGUUGGCAUCAGAACCGCUAACCAGCUCCCUUGUGAGUCGUUUAUCAGUAAAAAAGGUUCAGGAGAAGUAACAGUAUUUUUUUCAGUGAUGUUCAGAUGUGAGUCAGUGAAGAAACUAUGUACAUGUACAUGUGUAAAACAUUUGCGACGAUUUCAACUGACGGCAAAUAUGUUAUUUUUUUCGUUCAAUAUUGUUCUUGAUGACUAUGAUAUCCUCUUGUCGCAGUCCUAUAUUUGAUGGUGAUGGCCUCUCAAAUGAAGUCUCUUGUAUGUUAAAAACAACAAAUGUUUCAUGAUACAUGGUCGUGUAUCAUAUUGUGAUUGUGUUGUACAUGUCAAUGGGUAGCCACAUGACACGGGCAAACAGCAUUAAUCGAGGAGGAUAUUUUGUACUUGUGUAUUUGUCUGUAUUUUGAAUCGAUCUGAUAAACCAAACAGAGGAUUAUUGAUAUCCAUUUCUCACACAUCAGGCCUUUAUGCACAUGAGCAUUAACACAAAUAAAACAUUGCGCCUUGAUCAUGUUGACAUCACUCCCACAUAAAAUGUGCACAGCGACACAUACGCUCAGAACUUAAAAAAUAAGUGGAUCUAUCUGCAUUGCUAGUCAUUCCCGCCUGCUCCCUGUCAGGCUGCCGAGGCAUUCCUCAGGCUUCAACCGGCCUUCAAACCCAUUUGUUUCCACCAAACCCAAGUCACCUGAAAUCCUAAAGCAGUGCCACACGGAUUUCAGAAAUUACACAUGAUUUGAUUCAAUUACGUGUCUUAAACAUGACAAAAAAACGAUCUUCUAUCUCUGUACCGUCAAUGAGAUUUGUGUUCAGUGCAGUUCUUUCAAUGGCAGAGAAAACACGCGCAAAAAAAAACAAAAAACAAAACCAAAAGAAAAUUACAAAAAAAAAAAAAAUCUGACUUCUACUGACAGGGUGUUUUGUUAGUAUGUUUUUGGUUUCUAUGUUUUUGGUUUUUAUAUUAACUGUACAGUUCAAUCUUGGGAGAAAGGUGAAACAAAAAACAAAAGAUAAAGACAUUCUUGGGAUAUUUUUCUCUGUAUAUGUUGUACCUGUUACUGCUGGUACUGUAUCUGGUAUUCUGGCUCUGUCUAAAUCACUGGAACUCUGUAGUUCUUCUCACUGUAGUAUCCUGAAAAAGCAUUUCUCUCGUUUUCUCAAUGAUGGCAGCAAAGUUUGUCUUAUUUAAAUGGAUUCUACCACUUUUUGUUCUUAUUGAUAUUAUACUAGUGUAAUAGAAAUUACCUGACAAAAAAAGAACUGAAAAUAUGUUGAUGCAAAAGUAAACUGAAAUAAACAUUGAUUGAUGUA